AUGAAGCUGUCUGCUGUUACCCUCUUGGCUCUGAGCUCGGGAGCUGUCUCUGCUCCUGUUGCCGAGCCUGGCAGGGAGAUCUCCUACCAUGAGUACAAGCCCAAGCCAUACGAUCCCGGCUGUGGUAUAGAGAAGCCGAAGCCUCACAAGCCGUGGGAGAAUUAUCCCAGCCAGCCUGAGAAGCCGCACUAUCCUCCUCCCAAGCCUCACAAACCAGAGCCUUGGCAUCCUAAGCCGGAGCCUCACUAUCCGCCUAAGCCUCAUAAGCCAAAACCGCAUUACCCACCUAAGCCUCAUGAGCCAAAGCCUCACUAUCCUCCUCCCAAGCCUCACAAACCAGAGCCUUGGCAUCCUAAGCCGGAGCCUCACUAUCCGCCUAAGCCUCAUAAGCCAAAACCGCACUACCCACCUAAACCUCAUAAACCUGAUCAUCCAGGCAAGCCUCAUAAGCCGUGGGAGGAUAACCCUGGUCAGCCUGGGAAGCCUCAUUACCCUCCUCCUAAGCAUCCCAAGCCUGAGCCUCACUACCCACCUAAGCCUCAUGAGCCAAAGCCUCACUAUCCUCCUCCCAAGCCGCACAAGCCUGAGCCUCACUACCCACCUAAGCCUCAUGAGCCAAAGCCUCACUAUCCUCCUCCCAAGCCGCACAAGCCUGAGCCUCACUACCCACCUAAGCCUCAUGAGCCAAAGCCUCACUAUCCUCCUCCCAAGCCGCACAAGCCUGAGCCUCACUACCCACCUAAGCCUCAUGAGCCAAAGCCUCACUAUCCUCCUCCCAAGCCGCACAAGCCUGAGCCUCACUACCCGCCUAAGCCUCAUGAGCCAAAGCCUCACUAUCCUCCUCCCAAGCCGCACAAGCCUGAGCCUCACUACCCGCCUAAGCCUCAUGAGCCAAAGCCUCACUAUCCUCCUCCCAAGCCGCACAAGCCUGAGCCUCACUACCCACCUAAGCCUCAUAAACCAGAUUACCCAGGACCUGGUAACCCCGAUAAGCCUUCUACCUAG